UUCCAUGGAACAUCUUCCAAUUCAUCUUGCACANGAAGCAUGGCUUGGUGGUCCAGUGCAAUAUAGGUGGAUGUAUCCGUUUGAAAGGUUCAUGGGAGAGUCUAAACGUUCAGUCAAAAACAAAGCCAGAGUGGAAGGAUCAAUUUGUUCAGCUUACUUGCAUCGUGAGACAACGUACUUUUGUUCUCAUUAUUUCAACAACUUCAUGUUGAAACCGAUCAAUGUUAGGAAUGAAACACAAUCUGCCACAUCUCAUUCAACUUUGUCAGUGUUUCGACAAGUGGGCCGUCACGCAGGCAAAGAGUUCACUCAUUGGUUAAGUGAUGCUGAAUUCAACUCUGCCCACGUCCAUAUCUUAAUUAAUUGCCUUGAAGUUAAGGUGUACCUUGACUCAUUUCUUGUGGCUAUGCAAGUUCCAGAAGGGAGUUCUUCCGCUAUAAUACACUCACAGUUCCCUCAGUGGUUUAGAGAUCAAGUUCAUAACCAGCCAUUAAGUCCCUUAAUUCAAGAUCUACGGGAAUUGUCAAAUUGGCCCAUGAGAUGUNUCAAAGAAUGGCACACGUAUUUUGUAAAUGGGUACAAGUUCCACACCGAUGCAUGGUCGAAAGGAAAAAAGACAACUAAUUUUGGGGUGUUCGUUAAGGGCCUUACUGAGGGUGGUUAUGAUGACUUCUAUGGUAUUAUUGAAAAAAUUUAUGAGCUGGAGUAUAAUACUUCAAGUACUCCAAAGAGGAAAUGGUCCAAGAAACAAAAACCAAAACUUCCCCCAGGUCCCAAACCAUGGCCUGUGGUGGGCAACCUUCCUGCCAUGUUAGCAAACAAACCUGUUCAUCGAUGGAUACACAAUCUCAUGAAAGAAAUGAACACUGAGAUUGCAUGUAUCCGCCUAGGAAAUACCUAUGUUAUCCCAGUCACAUGUCCCACCAUUGCCAGACAGUUUUUGGGUGAACAGGAUGCAACUUUUGCAUCAAGAUCACUAACCACUUGCACUGAUCUCAUUAGUGGCGGAUAUUUAACCACAAUUUUAGUGCCAUUUGGGGACCAGUGGAAGAAAAUGAAGAAAAUCUUAAGCAGUGCUUUGCUUUCCUCACAAAAGCACCUAUGGCUCCAUGACAGAAGGACCGAAGAAGCUGACAACCUUAUGUUUUACGUCUACAACAAAAGCAAAACUGUGAACAAUGGUGUUGCUGGCCUUGUGAACAUUCGAAGUGUUGCAAGGCAUUAUUGUGGCAACGUUAUGAGGAAAAUUCUUUUCAGUACAAGGUAUUUUGGGAAGGGUAGGAUGGAUGGAGGACCAGGUUUUGAGGAGGAAGAACAAGUUGAGUCCGUCUUCGUUUUACUUAGGUAUCUUUAUGCUUUUUCUAUUUCUGAUUUUAUCCCAUGCUUGAGGAGACUUGACUUAGAUGGACACCAGAAGAAGGUCAAGGAAGCUUUGAAAGUCAUGAAGAAAUAUCAUGAUCCCAUCGUUCAAGAAAGAGUUAAACAAUGGAAUGAUGAAGCAAAGAUUGAUGAACAAGACUGGCUUGACAUUUUGAUCUCCUUGAAAGAUGCCGACAACAAUCUAUUAUUGACAAUGGAAGAAAUUAGUGCACAAAUUGUGGAAAUAUUGAUUGCAACAGUGGACAAUCCAUCGAAUGCUUUUGAAUGGGCUCUCGCUGAAAUGAUAAACCAACCAAAUUUGCUCCAACGAGCCAUUGAAGAAUUGGAUAGUGUGGUGGGAAAAGAGAGGUUGGUUCAAGAAUCAGAUAUACCAAAUCUCAACUUUGUAAAGGCCUGUGCAAGAGAAGCUUUUCGCCUUCAUCCAUUGGCAGCUUUUAAUGUUCCUCAUGUCUCAAUGAGUGAUACAACUGUAGGAAAUUACUUCAUCCCGAAGGGUAGCCAUGUAAUACUAAGUAGAAGAGAACUUGGAAGAAACCCUAAAGUGUGGAAUGAACCCCUGGAGUUUAAACCAGAACGUCACCUUAAGAGUGAUAAUGGGUCUAAUGUAGUUUUGACAGAGCCAAAUUUGAGGUUCAUAUCUUUCAGCACAGGAAAGCGUGGUUGUCCUGGAGUUACGCUUGGGACCACAAUGACCGUGAUGCUAUUUGCAAGGUUGCUUCAUGGCUUCACUUGGACUGCCUCAUCCAAUGUUUCAAAAAUAAACCUAGCUGAGUCCAAUGAUGGUUUAAAUCUUGCAGAGCCACUUAUGGCAGUUGCUAAGCCCAGAUUACCACCACAAUUAUAUCACCUUUAA